AUGGGAACUUUGUUGCACUCCGAAUCCAGGCGCUUGUAUUCUUGGUGGUGGGACAGCCACAUUAGCCCAAAGAACUCUAAAUGGCUCAAAGACAACCUUACUGAUAUGGAUUCCAAAGUGAAAUCCAUGAUCAAGCUCAUUGAAGAAGAUGCUGAUUCAUUUGCAAGAAGGGCCGAAAUGUACUAUAAAAAACGUCCCGAGUUGAUGAAAUUGGUGGAGGAGUUCUACCGGGCUUACCGUGCAUUAGCUGAAAGAUAUGAUCAUGCAACUGGGGAACUCCGACAUGCCCAUCGAACCAUAGCUGAGGCAUUUCCGGAUCAAGUACCUUAUGAACUGGUUGAAGACUCACCUUCGAAAUCUGUGGGACAAGAUAUGGAGCCUCACACACCAGAAAUAAAACGAUCACUACGUGCAUUAGUUGACCUACAUGACUUGCAUAAGAGCGCCUCGGAGGAUGGACCUCAUAUGGGAGAUAUUGAAGGUGGGAUUAGAAAUAUAGGUUUGAAACAAUUCCAUGAGAUUUUCUCGGGGAAAGAGGCAGAUGCAAAAAAUUUGAGGUCUGCUGAAGGAAGAGUAAAGAGAGGUCUGAACGUGGAAAAAGAAAGAAAAGAAGGCAUUCACGAUGAAGUUCUCCAUUUGUCAAAUGAAAAUCAUAAUCUGAAAGAGAAGGUUCUUUUUGAGUCUACUAGAGCAGGAAAAGCUGAAAAUGAAGUUCAAGGCUUGAAGAAAGCACUUGCUGAUAUGCAAGGUGAAAUGGAAGAUGUCUUUCUCAAGUAUCAAAGGUGUCUUGAAAAGCUAUCUAAUCUUGAGGGAGAGCUCGAUUAUGCAAAAAAUAAUUCUAUGAAGCUCGGUGAAAAAGCAAGUAGGGCCGAAAUUGAAGUUCAAACAUUGAAGGAAGCCCUUGUGCAGUUAGAGGCCAAAAGGGACGCUGCUUUAGUCAAACAAAAAGAGUACUUGGAGAAGAUAUCUAAUCUGGAGGCUAUGGCUUCACAAAUUCAAGAAGAUAUGAAGGAACGAGCAAUUAAAGCUGAAAAUGAAGCUCAAACUCUGGAAAAUGAAAUAUCAAGGUUAAAGUUUGAAAAAGAAACUGCAUUUCAUCAGUACAAACGGUGUCUUGGAAAAAUAUCAGAUUUGGAGAACACAAUUGCAAUAGCCGAGGAGGAAGCCCGAGCCCUUGAGAAACAAGCUGACAGAGCUGAAACUGAAGUCAGUGAACUGAGAGAAGCUCUUGCUAAGCUAAAGGAGGAGAAAGAAGCUAUUGCCUUCUUGUACAAGUGCUGCCUGGAGACCAUAUCCAAGCUUGAGCAUGAUACAAGUCUUGCCAAAGAGGAAUGCGAUCGCCUUAAGAGUGAAGUUCUUAAUGGAACAGAAAAGCUAAAGAAUGCUGAAGAGAAGUGUUUUCUGUUGGAAUCGUCGAAUCAGUCACUAUGUGUUGAGGCAGAAAAUUUGGCAAAUAAGAUUGCAAUGAAAGAUCAAGAACUUUCCGAGAAGGAGGAGGAGUUGGAGAAACUUCAGGCUCGACUUCUAGACGAGCACUUACAUUAUGCACAAAUUGAAGCCACUCUCCAGACUCUACAAUGUUUGCACUCACAAUCGCAAGAAGACCAGAAGGCUCUGGCACUGGAGCUCAAGAAUGGGCUACAUAUGCUGAAGGACUUGGAAAUAUGCAAACAUGGCUUGGAAGAAGAAAUUAGGCAGGUCAAGGAUGAAAAUCAUAGCUUGAGUCAAAUGAAAUUAUCUUCAACUGUUUCAAUGGAGAAUAUGCAAACUGAAAUCCGUAGCUUAAGGGAGAUGAAGGAGAGGCUUGAACAAGAGGUUUCCCAACAAAUGGCGAAAAGUAACUCGCUUCUGCAGGAAACUUUGUGUUUGAAAGAGGAAAUGAAAGGCUUAAACAGUACAUACCAGGCUUUAGUCGAACAAGUGGAAGCAGCAGGGCUGAACCCAAACUGUAUUGGAACUUCAAUAAAGAGCUUUCAGGAUGAGAACUCUAGGAUGAGACAAAUAUGUGAGCAGGAAAGCAAUGAGAAAGAAGCAUUGUUGAAGAAGUUGGAAAAUAUGGAAGAACUUUUGAAGAAAAAGGCUUCUGCGGAGAGCUCCCUGUCAGACACAAAUGGUGAGCUUGAAAGAUCGCGUGAAAAGGUGACGUCAUUGCAAGAAUCUUGCCAGUUUCUCCAUGGAGAGAAGUCCGCCCUAGUUGCCGAGAAAGCAUCCAUUCUUUCUCAGUUGUACGCUGUAACUGAGAACACGCAUAAGCUAUUGGAGAAAAAUGCUGUUCUAGAGAACUCUCUGUCGACUGCAAAGGUUGAACUUGAAGGUUUGAGGGAAAAGUCAAAGGGCUUAGAAGAGAUUUGUCAACUGCUUAGGGACGAAAAAUCCCAUCUUUUGAGUGAAAAGGGCACCUUAGUUGUGAAGUUGGAAAAUGUUGAGAGAAGACUAGAAUGUCUAGAGAAAAGAUUUACAGGGUUGGAAGAAAAAUAUGCUGGGAUAGAGAAGGAGAAAGAAGGUAUGCACUUUCAAGUAGAAGAACUAAAGGUAUCACUUGGUGUGGAGAAGCAAGAACGAACAAGCUCCAAUCUUGAAACUGAGGGUCGGUUCUCUGUAUUAGAAAACCAUAUUCAUCUCCUGCAAGAAGAAAAUAGAUGGGAAAAAAAGGAAUUUGAAGAGGAACGUGAUAAAGCUCUGAAAGCUCAGUUCGAGAUGUACGUUUUGCAAAAGUUCAUUAAAGAUAUGGAAGAAAAAAAUUACUCUCUCAUUAUCGACUGUCAAAAACACGUCGAGGCUUCCAAAUUGGCAAAUAAAGUGAUUGCAGAGCUGGAGAGUGAGAACCUUGAGCAGCAGGUAGAAGCGGAACUAUUGUUGGAUGAAAUUGAAAGACUGAGGUUGGGCAUCUACCAAGUGUUCAGGUCCCUUGAAAUUGGAAACGAUUUCACUCCUGAGGACAAGGUCGAAAAUGAGCAAACCUUUGUGCAUCAUGUUCUUCAAAAUAUUGAGGAUAUGAAAUGUACUAUCUCAAAACAUGAGGAUGAUAAGCAGCAGCUUUUGGUUGAAAACUCAGUUCUUGUAACACUACUUGAGCAGUUGGAGUCAAAGGGCAUAGAAAUAGAGUCACAGAAGAUAUACUUUGAGCAGGAAUUCAAAAUUGAAGCCAAGAAGCUUGUUGAAGUUAAAAAUGAAAAAGACGAACUUCUAAAUAUCAACAGGAAAUUGGAAUCCGAGGUGAUAAAGAGUCACCAACAUACUGCUCUUCUUGAUACUGAAAUGGGAAGGCUUUGUGUCCAACAGGCUGACUUGCACAAAGCGUACAUUGCAUUACAGGAAGCACAUUCUCAUAUUCUUCAAGAAAACAGAUCUUUGCUGAAAAAGUUAGCUGAUUUCAAGGAGGAUAAAUGGCUGGUAGAUCAAGAAAAUGAUGUUGUUCUCCUGGAAUUGUUAGCCAUUGCUAACCAAUCUUUAGUUUUCAGGAACUUUGGGGCCGAAAAAAUUACGGAGUUAAACUUACUACUUGAAGAUUUGCACAGCCAACAUGAGGUCAACAGUAAUCUUGAAAAGGAAAUGAGCAUGUUAAGAGGGAAGCUGGAAAUGCAAGAAGCGGAAAAUUUGAUGCUUAAAGAUGCUGUUCAUAGGAUGGAAAUGGAGCUGCAAGAGAUCAGCGAAUCUAAUGUUGAGAUGGAGCAGGAAAAUUUUAAUGGAAAGGAGAUAUUAAUUCAGAAUGAAACAAAACUCUUAGAUGCCAAGAUGAAGCUUGAAGCUGCCGAAAACCUGAACUCAAAGUUGUGCAAAACAGUGGACAGACUGGAGAGUGAUAUUCUAGAAUCAAUGCAGAUGAGAGAUAAUCUAGAAAAGGAGAUGUUUCAGCUCUCUGAAGAAAGUGUUAUUCAGAACGAAGAAAUUGAAAGUCUUCAUGUGGUGAAUGCAAAUUUGGUCUCUGAACUGAAUCAACUACAUGAAGAAAUAGGAGAACGGAAAAUCAGAGAGCAAAAUCUGAGUUUAGAGCUUGAAGAGAAGAACAGCGAGUUUGAACUCUGGGAGGCCGAAGCAGCUACAUUUUAUUUUGAUCUUCAAAUUUCUUCCAUCCAUGAAGUUUUAUUUGAAAAUAAGGUACAUGAGCUUAUUGGGGCAUGUCAGAGUCUUGAGAAUGAAAGUGCUUCAAAAACAUCAGAGAUUGAACGGAUGAAAGGGAAAAUUAGUUCAAUGGAGACUGAAAUUGAAGAAUUAAAAUCCCAACUAUAUGCAUAUGCUCCUGUAGUAGCUUCUUUAAAAGAUGAUGUGGCAUCUCUUGAGCAUAAUGCUCUCCUUCAUACGAAGCUUAAAGAUGCUCAUGGUCGGGAGCUAGAGUGUUCAGAACCAGGGACCCAAAAUCGUAUGGAAGAUCGAUUCCCUGUGCCAAAUGAAUUUUACGAUUUGCAAAAAGUGCAUGUUAGAAUCAAAGAAGUUGGAAAGAUAAUGGAAGAAAUGAACAAAUCUGUUUUGCAGGGAAGAUCAAACUCCAUCAUCCAGCAAGCUGAUUCCACGGUUGAGAUUGAGCAUUUAAAACAACGACGAAGAUCGGGUCGGGACAAACUUUAUAAUGACCCCAGCAAUUCUCCCAAGUUGCAGAAAAUAAAAACAAAAUCCAUUGAAGCCCGGAAUGGUAUGCUAAUGAAAGAUAUUCCUCUUGAUAAUGUUUCUCAUAGCACAUUACGUGGAGUCCGCAGGAGAGGUACUGUUGGAGCUGAUGAUCAGAUGCUUGAGCUGUGGGAAACUGCCGAGGACGGAAAUCAUGGUCGAACAAUUGGAGAGUCACUAAAGCAGGCAUAUAAAUUGACAGAAAGUGAUAUUGUGUACGAUCAUUUUGAGAACUUAAAGAGAAACACGGAAUCUUGUCCAGAUAUAGAAGUCGAGAAGGAGUUGGGCGUUGAUAAGUUGGAGCUAUCUGCACGAUAUACGGAGCCCAGUCGUGAAAUGAGCAGUAGAAAGAUCCUUGAGAGACUUGCAUCCGAUGGGCAGAAGCUCGUAAGUCUUCAGACAACAAUGCAAAACUUGAGAAGGAAAUUGGAGAUGAACAGAAAUGCUAGAAAGACUAUGAAUGUUGAUUUUGAAACAGUUCAGGAGCAGUUAGCAGAAGCCGAGGAAACUGUUGAGAAACUAGUUGAUUUAAAUGGUCAACUGGUGAAAAAUAUUGAGGAGAGUCGUUCGCCAGAUGGAAGGGCAUCCCCAGAGUUGAAAGAGGCUAUGAAACUCAGCAGAAAGGAAGUUUCGGAACAAGCACAAAGAGGGUCUGAACGGAUUGGUCGUCUGCAAUUAGAGCUUCAUAAGAUCCAGUACGUGUUAAUGAAACUCGAGGAUGAAAAGAAAAGCAAAGGACGAGGAAAAUUUUUGCGGAGCAAAACGAGCAUUAUUCUGAGGGACUUUAUUUACUAUGGGAGGAAGAACGGUGGGAAGAGAAAGAAGGCUCCUUUUUGUGGGUGUUUUAGGCCUUCAACUAGUAGAAAUGGAAGGAGCUUGUAA